UCCGCUGACUCAGAUCCGCGACGGCUGCGCUAGGCGAUCUGAUGCAACGCCUCAGUCAAGGAAGCAAGCCUUCAGUGCACGUUGGGGUGACCGGGCGGCGGUGGGGCGGUUGUCGAUGUCCUCGGAGGUGAUCAGGGCGACCGCAGACAUGGUACUAGCAGAGCUGUAUGUCUCUGAUCGAGAAGGAAGUGACGCAACGGGAGAUGGAACCAAGGAGAAACCAUUUAAAACAGGCCUAAAGGCUUUGAUGACAGUCGGAAAAGAGCCAUUUCCCACCAUCUAUGUGGAUUCACAAAAGGAAAAUGAGAGGUGGGAUGUUAUUUCUAAGUCACAGAUGAAGAACAUUAAAAAGAUGUGGCACAGAGAACAGAUGAAGAAUGAUUCUCGGGAGAAGAAAGAGGCAGAAGAUAACUUACGAAGAGAAAAGAACCUGGAGGAAGCAAAAAAAAUUAUCAUUAAAAAUGAUCCAAGCUUGCCAGAGCCAGCAUGUGUAAAGAUUUCUGCGUUAGAAGGAUAUAGAGGCCAAAGAGUGAAGGUGUUUGGCUGGGUUCACAGGUUACGUAGGCAAGGAAAGAAUUUGAUGUUUUUGGUGUUGCGAGAUGGCACAGGGUAUCUUCAGUGUGUCCUAUCAGAUGACUUGUGUCAGUGUUACAAUGGAGUCGUCCUGUCCACGGAGAGUAGUGUGGCAGUGUACGGAACACUGAAGCUCACUCCAAAGGGCAAGCAGGCUCCAGGAGGCCAUGAGCUGAGCUGUGACUUCUGGGAACUGGUGGGGCUAGCCCCAGCUGGAGGAGCUGAUAACCUCAUCAACGAGGAGUCUGAUGUGGACGUCCAGCUCAACAACCGGCACAUGAUGAUCCGGGGGGAGAACAUGUCCAAGAUCUUAAAAGCUCGGUGCAUGAUCACCAGGUGCUUUAGGGAUCACUUCUUCGACAGGGGGUACUGUGAAGUUACUACUCCAACCCUCGUGCAGACCCAGGUGGAAGGUGGGGCCACACUUUUCAAGCUUGACUAUUUUGGAGAAGAAGCAUUUUUGACCCAGUCAUCACAGUUGUACCUGGAGACCUGCCUUCCAGCCCUGGGAGAUGUUUUCUGUAUCGCCCAGUCAUACAGGGCCGAACAGUCCAGAACACGGCGGCACCUGGCCGAAUUCACUCACGUGGAAGCCGAAUGUCCUUUCCUGACCUUUGAGGACCUCCUGAACCGCUUAGAAGACCUAGUGUGUGACGUGGUGGACAGAGUCUUGAAGUCCCCAGUGGCAAGCAUAGUGUAUGACCUCAACCCGAACUUCAAACCCCCCAAGCGGCCUUUCCGACGGAUGAACUAUUCAGAUGCUAUCGUGUGGCUGAAGGAGCAUGAUGUAAAGAAAGAAGAUGGGACCUUCUAUGAGUUUGGAGACGAUAUUCCUGAAGCUCCUGAGAGACUGAUGACAGACACCAUUAACGAACCAAUCCUACUAUGUCGGUUUCCUGUGGAGAUCAAGUCCUUCUAUAUGCAGCGCUGUCCUGAGGAUCCUCGGCUUACUGAAUCUGUCGACGUUUUGAUGCCCAAUGUCGGUGAGAUUGUGGGAGGCUCGAUGCGCACUUGGGAUAGUGAAGAAAUUCUAGAAGGCUAUAAAAGGGAAGGAAUUGACCCUGCUCCUUAUUACUGGUAUACAGAUCAGAGAAAAUAUGGUACAUGCCCUCAUGGAGGCUAUGGCUUGGGCUUGGAACGAUUCCUGAGUUGGAUUCUGAACAGGUAUCACAUCCGAGAUGUGUGCUUGUACCCUCGAUUUCUCCAGCGCUGCAGGCCAUAACCACGGGCCCCUGAAGCACGAAAGAAGGGAAUGUUCAUGAAAACUUAAGACUGUCUCUACAAAAGAACAAAUAUCCACAUCAUUCUUGAUUUCCGGUUGUGGGUAGUAGCUCUUUCCUGUUUUUGUUUUUUCUUCUCGUUAUCAUAAAAGGCAGUAGAUGUUAUUUGAGCAUCAAGGGACAUCUAUGUCCCUUUAAUAAAAAUACUCAUUACAAAAUUUUGAGGAAUUACAUGGCAUGUCACUCUUCAGUUAUGGAGACAUUUUUUCAUAAUGUAGGUUAUGAUCAUUGUAUUAAACCAUAUGAUUAUACGGUUUUUAAUUAUGAUCUGACAUUCCAGUAAUUUCAUCUUUUUGUCCUUUUAAAUGUCACUGGAAUUCUUUAAUUUAUUGUGUACAGCUGUUACAGCAAGCAUCAAAAGAGAAAUUGGCAGUUUGACAUAAAAAUUCUAGUAUUAUAGUGUAACAGUCGUACAUACUGGAAUUGAAUACAUAGUCCUUUACAUUUGCUAUUAAGCUUUCCUAAAUUCAUACAGUGUUUAUAAUUCUGAGGGGUAUGAAUUGAUAGGGAAAAAUUAAUGAAGGUCAACGAACAUGAUUUGGAUGGUGGGUUAUUUAAAUGAUUCCAACCUCCUUAGCUUUUAGUUUUAAGAGCUGGGGCCAGACAGGGCUUCCCUCUUCUAAUAUAAUUCUCGAGUAGCAAAAAUUAAAUACAUUUCUAAAAGACUUAGCACCUGGAAUCUUAGGCAGCGCAGGCAGCCAGGUCGUCCCUGCCUUGGCCUAGCGUACCGUCGGUGCUGCCUUGCCGACCCUUAGGCUUCCUGAAUGGCUGCAGUGCACAGCUGACCAGGUUCUCCCCGUAUGCAUGCCAUGUGUUCUCAUGGGCUGUAUUCCCACCAAUCAAUAAAUAAACACUUGUAAAAAAAA